AUGAUGAUGGACCUGACAUGGACUCUUCAUCCAGAUACCACCACUGGCAAUAAGUGGCAUAUCGGCCAAAUGUUUAUCCAGAGUGUCGGCAAUGCGCGAGGUCUAUCAAGUAGUAACGACGGCAUCAAGCAUCAACAAGGCGACAGCUACAGGCAUCCCAGCAAAUCGUAA